GUUCGAAAAAGAUGUACGUGAAAGCUGUAGACGCUAACGAAGGAUUCAAUCAGGCGGAAAUGUUCGUUACGUCGCUGACCUUGAACACCUGACGAAAUUAAAUGGGCGUGAAUUGAACAGCAUGACCCCAAAUGCUCCCUGAUUUUCGGGAAGGAUCCGUUGAGUCUUCAGUUGGUCUUCAGUUCAAGGAUCAACGGUCAACGCGUUGUCGUCUGCCGUCUGCGCAGCUGAUUUCUGGUUAUUUUUCACUAGUGACUGAUUCAACUUGCUUAGAACGAAGAUGGUGGACUAUAGCAAAUGGAAAGAUAUUGAGGUGUCGGACGACGAGGAUGACACCCACCCCAACAUCGACACGCCCUCGCUGUUCAAAUGGCGCCACGAGGCCCGCGUUCAGCGCACCAAGGAACACGAGGAGGAAAAGCAGAAACUCGCCUCGCAAAAGAACCAGUAUGUAAAGCAAUUGGAGGACGCAAGGGCAAAGGUACAGAAGGCCGAAAAAGAAGGAUCCCCUAACCUGGAUAGCCUGAAGAAAUCACUCGCAGAAAUUGAGAGCAAGACUGAGAACAUCAAGAAGGAAUGGGCGGAAUUCGAGAAAAAGGAGAAGCUGAUGCCGUGGAAUGUGGACACGAUCUCCAGCGAUGGCUUCUCCAAGACGGUCAUCAACGCGAAGCCGAAGCGGAAGGACGAGGACAUGACUGAAGAGGAGAGGGAGGAGCGCAUGCGCAACUUCAUCAAGAAGUACGAGAAGGACAUCAAGAAGUACGGCAUGCUGCGGAAGUACGACGAUAGCAAGCGUUUCCUGCAGGACAACAUGCACCUGGCCUGUGAGGACACUGCCAACUAUCUGGUCAUCUGGGCCAUCAACCUAGAAAUGGAGGAGAAACACAGUCUGAUGGAGCACGUGGCCCACCAGUGUAUCUGCAUGAACUACAUCCUUGAGUUGGGCAAACAGAUGGAUGUCGAUCCCAAGGCCUGUGUGUCGUCCUUCUUCACAAAGAUCCAGGUUGCCGACCAGGACUACAAGAAGGCGUUCGAUACCGAGGUGGAGGCGUUCAAGUCGCGUAUCCGCACGCGCGCCAAGCAGAAGGUGGACGAGGCGAUGAAGGAAUACGAGGAGGAGGAGCGCCAGAAGCGUCUCGGUCCCGGCGGACUGGACCCCGCUGAGGUGUUCGAGUCCCUACCAGAGGCCCUGCAGAAGUGUUUCGAGACCCAGGACACCGAACUCCUCCAGAAGACCAUCUCUGAGAUGGACGAGGAUGAGGCGCGCUACCACAUGAAGCGCUGCGUCGACUCCGGCCUCUGGGUGGCAGACGCCAAGGCGGCAGAGGCCGAGAAGGCUGCCAAGGAGGCGGCAGAGGCGGCAGCGAAGGGAGCGGCGGCAGCAGAGCCCGUCUACGAUGAGGUGAAAGGUGCCGCGAAGUCAGAAAAGUGAGUGAGAACAGUGUGAGAGCGAGGACUGGCGGCGGCGUGCCAACUACAAGUUGACGUUCCGGUCGCGAGAUGGCAGCAAGAUCGCGCGCCGGUGGUAUCCCAUCGACCGGCUUAGUUGUGUUUACGUCGCACGCACGCGGCUUCCGCGUGUGGCCGAACUUAUCGCGACGUCCAGCCCGAGCACGGGGCGGGGCGCUGUCACCGAGGUCUGCCGCAGAGAGGCGGCUGGACGAUCGGAGCGGCAGAGCGGCCCGCGGACCAGGGGCGAACCAGUGAUGACCACGGCCGUCUCGAGUCAGUGGUGGGGAGGGACGGGAUGGUCACGACGGAUAACUCGUAUGGACGGGAGGGACGGGAUGGUCACGACGGAUAACUCGUAUGACGUGCUUACGUCGGGCACUAAGAGACUGAGUGGUGUGCUUUUGGGGCAAUCGAUGUGUCCAGGAGAAAUACAGCCCCGAGUGCCGACGGACGGCUUCGUUUCAGCUGAUCUAAGGGCCAAAAAAGUGCCGGCCGUAUACACUAUACACGGUCCGGUGUUGCAGUAUGUGUAAUGAUUGCUCCCGCUGUGUGUACACACGAGUGACAGUGAAGCGUAAUACACAAUCAAAAACAG